AGCAAAGCGAGCAUAAAAACGAAAUGAGCGCUAAAAUCCAGCCGCACAGUCGCCGUCUCGCUUCGCAGAGCUGCCAGACGCUUCGCCGCUAACCUUCACACGGGCGCAUCAUGAUCGCUGUCGGAGUUUAUUCUCUGCACUCGGUGUCAGCGCGAAGCAUCUGUAAACUGGGAACACUGCGGCUUUUGUAGAAGAAGUGCUGUCUUCAGCUACAGAACUCUUCUUGACCCUGCCCAGUGGAUGAUGUGCUAGGAACAGCACUUGCCUGCAAGUGUCCUACGUGUCUUGCCAUGGCCAGCUCCCCUGGUGGUGACCUGCCACUUCUGCAGCUCCAGGAAGUGGGCUCCAGCAAGGUGGGAGGCCAGAGCAGCUCCCCCGGGGCACUACCCACCAUCUAUGCAGCCCCUCUGCCUGGCCUCGAUGUGGAGAACCGAGCCGUGUGCAUUCCCUCACCCUACGCGGACAACGGCCACGAUUACCCCACCCUCACCUUCUACAAUCCAUCUGUGCUAAGCUAUCCUGGAUCCUCCAUCCCUGACAGUCCCUCUGUGCGACCUCCUCUCAGCCCUGCCCUCUACUGGCCACCUCACAGCCACCCAGGACACACCAGCCACCUCCCACCUCUUACUCUGCACUGCCAACAGUCCAUGGUAUACAGCGACCCACCCCAGACCCCAUGGGUGGAGACCAAGGCCCAUGACCAUAUCAUUGUUCAGGCCAGCAAGCUGACAGGGCCACGUGGGCUGGAUGCUGAUGAUGCAGUGAACUCCUCUGGGGGUUGCUUGGAGGGGAAGGCUGACAUGCAUUUCUGUGCCGUUUGCCAUGACUACGCCUCAGGGUACCACUAUGGCGUCUGGUCCUGUGAGGGAUGCAAGGCCUUCUUCAAGAGAAGCAUCCAAGGACACAAUGAUUACAUCUGCCCAGCAACCAAUCAAUGUACUAUAGACAAGAACCGAAGAAAGAGCUGCCAGGCCUGUCGCCUGCGGAAGUGCUAUGAAGUGGGCAUGAUGAAGUGUGGUAUGAGACGUGAACGCUGUAGCUACCGUGGAGUCCGGCACCGACGCAUGCCUCAAAUCCGAUAUCUGGGUACACUGGGGUCCAGAACACAGAAGCGGCUGGAGAGUAGCCUGCCAGUGAUGAAGGGGACCCUAGCCCUGACCCCUGAACAGCUGGUGACCUGCAUUAUGGAGGCAGAGCCACCAGAGAUCUACCUCAUGAAGGAUCUGAAAAAGCCUUUCACUGAAAGCAGCGUCAUGAUGUCCCUUACCAACUUGGCUGACAAGGAGCUGGUCCUUAUGAUCAGCUGGGCCAAAAAGAUCCCUGGGUUUGUGGAGCUCAGCCUGUCAGAUCAGGUGCACCUGCUUGAGUGCUGCUGGUUGGAGGUGCUUAUGCUUGGCCUAGUAUGGCGGUCUGUGGAUCACCCUGGGAAGCUCAUCUUUACCCCCGACCUCAAGCUCAACAGGGAUGAAGGCAGCUGCGUGGAAGGGAUCAUGGAGAUCUUCGACAUGCUGCUGGCUGCCACUGCACGCUUCCGGGAGCUGAAGCUACAGCGGGAGGAAUAUGUCUGUCUCAAGGCCUUGAUCCUCCUGAACUCCAACAUGUGUGUGAGCUCCCCAGAGAGCCCCGAGGAACUGGAGAGCCGGGCUAAGCUGCUGCGACUGCUGGAUGCAGUGACCGACGCACUGGUGUGGGCCAUCUCCAGAAAAGGGCUAACCUUCCAGCAGCAAUCCACUCGCUUGGCCCAUCUGCUAAUGCUACUUUCGCACAUCCGCCAUGUCAGCAACAAAGGGAUAGAGCACCUGUCCAACAUGAAGAUGAAGAACGUCGUCCCACUGUACGACCUGCUCUUGGAGAUGCUGGACGCCAACACCACGCACAGCUCCCGUGUGUACCAUAGGGUCGCAACAGGGGAGCCAAAAAACCAGCCAACCUCUACAGUCGAGAGCAAGUCUGCUCCACAGACCCCGAACAACCCUCAGGGGCCGGGGCCAUGGGCCCCUGUCGACUGCAGUGAGUAAACAUCAGACGAGCUAAUCAACCUGAAUAUUCGGUCCAUCCCCUCACAGCCCCCUCCCCCCAAAGCUCCGCAUUCACUUGUUUGUAGAUAAAGGUGCUGAAGACUAGUCAGGUUCACCCAUGUCCGGAUCUACUGGGACCUGCUGUCAAAAACGUCAGCCAGCAAUGAACUUUGGUCAACCUGAAUAACCCCAGUACCCUUGAACAUGAAGUGCUUUGUACGAUCUUCAGUUACGGAACCUGGCAAUUGGAAACGUGGAAAAAUAAAAUUAUUGCUCAACAACAAAAGCUGCACUUUGCCAAAACUGUACUAAGAAAAUCUCAUUAUUAUAACAGCAUUGAAGAAACAAAAAGCCAAUGUUUCACAUGUCUACAGUAUCCUACUUCCUUCCAUUGGUCAUUUAAGUUCCUUACCACUGUACAUUUUCCCACUACGAAUAGAAGAGUGAUGCUAGCAUUAGUGCAGCCAAAGACCUAGGGGGCUGGCUGUCAAUCAGAUGGCACACUAAUCAUCUAUAGCAGGGGCUCCCACCUUUUCGUGACCACAGACCGGUUCACAUUGUGCAUAAAUGGCACGGACUAGUAAAACUUGUCGACUGGAGGGCAGGGCAGUGAAUUACUUGGCGAGAUAGAACUAAUGUGUUUAACCAUUUCCAUCUUUUUCCAAUACAAUCAAAACAUGUGAGUGAUCAUUUAAAAAAAAAAAAAAAAGUGUGACUUAAAAAUAUAUAGUGGAUUGAAUUCUUGCUGUGGACUGGGGAUUGGGUACCCCUAAUCUAUAGUACUGUGAGAAGACAGGUGUGUUGCAGGUUAUUAGUGAUUGUGACUAUGAAUGGUCCCAUUUAUCCUGUUCACAAAAAAUAAUGUAUCAAACUUUGAACAGUUUCACAUUCUGGGUUAAGAACUAUUACAGCUAAAAUACACUGUAUAAUUCACUAUGCAUAAAAAUAAAUUUAAGAGUCUGUUUAUUUACCACUGUAUGUAUACUGCAAAUUGCACAAUGGAUAAAUAAUGGUUCUUAUAUAAUAUGUCUAGUUUAAUGAGCUAAGACAUGAGAAUGGGACAUGUUGACAAUACUAACAUUAUUUUGGAAGAUAAUAUAAAAUUUUGGAAGAAAGACACUAUUUUCCCCUUGUUAGCUGAUAUAUUCGGUAAACACUGAUUCCAUAACUAAAGAAUAUCAUAAAGUAUCAAUGUAUAAAUUGCCAGUAAUUGUAUUUUUAAUAGCUUGCUUUUCCCAAUAACGUCCUGUAAAUAGAUGCAACCAUGCUUUUCUUUUAACCUUCAGUUUUUUGCUGAAUUUUAAAGGGAUUGCUUGCUUAUUUUUUGAUGUUUGCUACAACUGCCACUUGCGUUUUUCACAUCGUAAUACUUACCCUCCGAAAUCAGAAACCCCCUCAAUCUAAACGGAGCCUUUACUACUCUGUCCCUUCCUGUCUCCGUGAAAAUUCAGUUUUCUGCAUCAGCAUUGCAGCAGGCUAAAAAGCAAAAUCAUCAUCGUGUGUCGAUGUGCUGAUGGUCCUUUCCGGGAGUAUUGUGAACAUUUUUGGUUCUGUGUUUUGUAUACGUGGUUGUCUCUAUGUGCCCAUAUACCCAGGUCUAAUAGUAAACACACACACAUACACACACACACACACACACGGAGCUACAAAUGUUGGGUGUGUGUCUGCUUUCUGUUGUCUGGUAAAAAUAAAGAAUACCACACUAA